AUGCGCGGUUCAAUCAUUGCUGCCACGGCGCUGCUCGCCGCUUUGGUCUCUGCCCAUGGCAACAUCGUCUCGCCUCCUCCCCGUGGUGUCGGUGCAGCAAUGGCUGCAGCGUGCGGACAGGCAAACGUCAAGGCUGUGACAGCUGAUCCCACCAUUCCUCUGGAAGAUUUCACCAGCCCUCCUGCAACAUGCCAACUUGACCUUUGCCGAGGAGCCAAGUUUGAGGACAAUAAGGCCAACGUCCAGACCUUCAAGGCCGGUCAGGUCGUCAACAUGAAGGCCGAGAUUCCGAUCCCCCACGAGGGCCCCAUGAAUGUUUCCAUCGUCGACACGGCGAAAAACAAGGUCAUUGGACAGCCUCUCAUUGUCUUUGACACCUACGCCGACGAAAAACUUGCGCAACUGCCCGAGAACAACACCGCCUUCCCCGUCACUAUGCCCUCCAACCUCGCCGCGGGUACAUGCGCCAAGGCUGGCCAGUGUGUGUUGCAAUGGUUCUGGGUUGGAACCGCGGCGAAGCAGACGUACGAGAGCUGCGUAGACUUUGUAAUGGCUUGA